AUGGCCACAGGGAAAGUGAUCGGCGAUGUGGUGCAAUACCGCCUGGAUACUCCCAUUGCGAGUGGUGCCUUCAGCACUGUGUGGCGGUGCUCGGAGCUCUCAUCGGGGCGGACCUACGCCGUGAAGAUUGUGGAAAAGAAGGCGGCCCUUCGGAACAAGAUGACGGGGGCCCUUGUUCGCGAGGUCAACGCACUCGAGAUUGCUGGCAGCUCUCCCUACGUGACUGGGCUCGUGGAUAAGAUGGUAUCCAAGCACAAUUACUACCUUGUCAUGGACCUCGCCGAGGGUGGAACGCUGCUGGAUCUGAUUCGCGAGCGACGCCAGGAAUUGAGGCAACUGCAGGUGUCGUCGUCCAUUGGCUGCUCUGUGAUGGACUCGCUGCAGUUGUCAGCCACCCCGUUCAUGCCGUACGAUCGAGUGCGGUACUACUUUAAGCAGCUCCUGCUGGCGCUGUCCGCGCUGCAUGACCGCAACGUUGUCCACCGUGACGUCAAGCCGGAGAACAUUCUGCUGAACAAGCAUCGGACACGAUUGUUGCUCUCUGACUUUGGGUUUGCGUGCCAUUCCAUGCUUGGCGCUCAGCUGCACCGCGCAUGCGGGACGUUGAAGUACUGUGCCCCUGAGCUCCUUCAUGAGCACCCUUCCUACGAUGGUCGAAAGGUCGACGUCUGGGCCGCUGGCAUCACUCUUUACAUGAUGCUCUUCGGCGGGUAUCCGUACCGCUGCUCGCGCGGCGACCCCGACGCGUUGCUCGAAGUGAUCGAGACGACCACGUAUCGCAUCCCACGCCCCAUCCCGGCUUUGAUCGAGGACAUUUUGCAGCACAUGUUGUGCAUAGACUCGACCCAGCGCUGGUCUGUGAAACAGCUUCUGCAGCACCCGUGGAUAACCGGAUUGGAGCUACACUCACCAUCGGCGAGCCCAACUACCUCAGCGAGUGCUUUCUCUGGAGAGGUGCUGGUGCCACCCGCCGCCAGCGCGCCUGAGACCGAGGGGGCGAUCACGGAGAUGCCCUCCGAAGACUGCCCACCUGUGGACUCCUUGCUGUCUGACGAGGACGACGUCGACGACGGCUUCUACCAGAGCAUUAAUCAUGAUCACCUUAGCAGCAGCGUUAGCAGCGGCCUCAACAGCAGCACCAUUUCGACACAGCAGCCUCGCCAGCGGUCCUCGCUUGCUGACUCGCGACGCUCGCACAAGGAGGCCUUCCCCCUCACCGUUUCUCCCGCCUCGCCGCUUCAUUGCGGAGACCCCGCCGCUGUGCAAGGGGGCGAAUCGGAGACGCCGGGGGCAUCAAAAGGGUUUGCCGUACAGCCGCGCACCCGGAGCUCGCGCACGUCCGCCAAGGAGGAAAUCCUUAAGUACGGCAUUGAGUUCACCUCCUUGACCUCUAUCGAGAGCUUCAUCGCGAGCGACGAUGAGGGCGAGAAGGGCGACUCUGACGACGAGUCCCGCUUCUGGGAUGAGAUGCGUGAGGGUACCGCGACUAGAGGCCACUGCGGGAACACCUCCAUGAGCAGAAGCCUCUACACAGGAGCUUCGCACGCGAGCGACGUGCAACGAAGUGGACGGCGGGGCCGGUACUCAUACGGGCUGUGGCUGACCGCGCGCAUGGUCGCCCAUCUCGUCGCCUUCAUCGCGGUUUGUGUUGUGGCCUUGGCGCUGCGUGUGUUUUUGAAGCGCGACAUCAUCGAUCUCCCCUUACCAAAGGUCAUACGCGACUACAUCUCCUUCUUUCUCUACACCCCCCUGCGCCGCUCCCAUGCGCACCUCAGCGGCGCGGCACCGACUCUUUCUCGUUCGCGUGGCGGGUCCCCUACCUCCUCGGCGCUCGCGCUUCGCCAGAAAGGGAUCCACGGUGACAGUAGCGCUUGUUGUCCCCCGACUACGUCGCCUAUUCCAGGAUCUGGCCUGCGGCACUGCGUGCGCACGGCAGAUAAGCUCAUGCGGAACUCGUUCAUGGGCAAUGUCGUGCUGUCGCACGACGCCCCCCUGGUGGAUUUUGCCUACGGCAAGACGCCCAUGCCGUGCCCUCGGAAACACUCGAGGGACCACUCCCUUUCGUCGACGCCGGCAGCCCCGAGCCUCGCCACGAUGGCGCCGACGCAGCCAUCCACGAGACGGCAAUCUAUGGAGAGGAUUGAGGCGAGCACCGCCGAGGUAUACGCGGAAAACGUGGAGCUGUCCGCCCUGCCUCUGCCCCUGAACUCAGAGAAGAGGCGGGAGAAUAGAAAUUGCUUGGUGUCACCAGGUGGCGGAGACGAGGAGGGCUGUAACGAGCAGCGCGACCGGCAGGAAAGCGACUCGUCGCUGCGCAAGGAGCGGAGGAGCACGCGGUCACCACCUCCGCCGCUCAUGUCAGUCGGAGACCCUAUCUCGGCGACGACUGCAGCGAUAACCAGCCUGCGCACCCUGACCAGUGCCAAGACGCCGGUGAGGAGCGAAGCUCGCGUGGACUCCCAGGCGGGAGCCACUGACGAUACCGGUAGCUGUGACAGCGCGCUGGACAAGUCGGCCUACUUGCCUCAUCAAAACAUUAUGUUCUCUCCUCUGGAUCCCAUGCCGAUGGCGCUGGGCGACCAUCAGCACGAAAUGGAGGACUUCCCUGUUGUUGCUAAGACGGGCCCUGCGUGA